AUGACCUUUAAAAGAGUUCCUUUUUGUUUGUUGCUUGUUUUGGUAGUUCUGUCACACAGUUUCAUGGCUGAUGCUUCGCAACAAUCGAAGAUUCUUCCUGACAAAUUUAUUGGAUCAUUCAAGCUUGAUCGAAGCGAAAAUUUUGAUGAAUUUCUCGCCUCAAAAGGCGUAAACUGGUUUGUAAGGAAAAUGGUUGCCUUAGCAUCGGUAACAAAAGUUUUCAAGCAAUCUGCGGCCGGAGUCGGUGUAUACGACUUGGAUAAUUUAUCUUUGAAAAAGAACACCUACUAUACUGGUUGGAAAUUGAGUGAACCGUUUCGAGCAGAAGGAUUUGAUGGAACAAUCCAUGAGAUAACUUUUGACUAUGAUUCAAGCAAGGACCUACUGUACGAGAAACAUGUUCGUGUCGAUAAUCCUGAGGAUAAAGGUGAAACCUACAGGUAUGCAGUUGCCGAUGGAGAACUUGUCAUGACAAUGCAGAACGAUAAGGUAACUUGUAAACGGUACUUUAAGAAACAGUAA